GUGGACGUAACCAGGCAUUUCAUUCUAAAUACAAAGCUUGAACCCCGGACGUGUGUGCGCGGCCACACUGUUGCGGGUGUGUACCGCAAGAGCGACGACGCGUUUCUCGUUGAAUCCAACGCGUUUCCACGUUUCUUUACGUCUCUUAGCGACAUGCUCUCGUUGUAGCUUUUCGCCCGCUAACCGAGCAGCUGGCUAACAGAGAGCAGCCCGCAGCUAGCUACCGCAGCCGGGCCGCCGCGAGGGGGAGGAUGGGAGAAAAGCUGGAGCUCAGGCUCAAAUCACCGGUCGGAGCAGAGCCCGCUGGUUACCCGUGGCCCUUACCAGUAUACGAUAAACACCAUGAUGCUGCUCAUGAAAUCAUCGAGACCAUUCGGUGGGUGUGUGAGGAGAUCCCCGACCUCAAGCUGGCAAUGGAAAACUACGUACUUAUUGACUACGACACCAAGAGCUUCGAGAGUAUGCAGAGACUUUGUGACAAGUACAACAGGGCCAUCGACAGCAUUCACCAGCUGUGGAAAGGGACCACCCAGCCCAUGAAGCUGAAUAAGCGUCCUUCCAACGGGCUGCUGAGACACAUCCUUCAGCAGGUGUACAACCACUCAGUCACCGACCCGGAGAAGCUGAACAACUAUGAGCCUUUCUCCCCCGAGGUGUACGGAGAGACCUCUUUCGACCUGGUGGCUCAGAUCAUCGACGAGAUGGAAAUGAUGGAAGAUGACACCUUUGUUGACCUCGGCAGCGGAGUGGGGCAGGUAGUGCUGCAGGUUGCGGCAGCGACCAACUGUAAACACUACUACGGUGUAGAGAAAGCAGACAUUCCAGCUACCUAUGCAGAGAGCAUGGAUAAAGAGUUUAAAAAGUGGAUGAGAUGGUACGGGAAAAAACAUGGGGAGUACACACUUGAGAGAGGUGACUUUCUGUCUGAAGAAUGGAAAGAAAGGAUCGCCAACACAAGUAUUAUUUUUGUGAAUAACUUUGCCUUUGGUCCAGAGGUAGAUCACCAGCUGAAGGAGCGCUUUGCUAAUAUGAAGGAAGGUGGAAAAAUUGUAUCCUCCAAACCUUUUGCACCUUUAAAUUUUAGAAUAAACAGUCGAAACUUGAGUGAUAUCGGCACAAUAAUGCGUGUGGUGGAGCUUUCUCCACUGAGGGGCUCCGUGUCCUGGACUGGAAAGCCAGUUUCCUAUUACCUGCAUACCAUAGACCGCACCAUACUUGAAAACUAUUUUGCUAGUCUCAAAAAUCCUAAACUCAGGGAGGAGCAAGAGGCAGCUAGGCGACGUCAGCAGAAGGAUACGAAGGAUAGUAAAAGCAAUAGCACCACGCCCACAAAGACUAAACAAGAACAAAACAAGCAGGACUCCUGCGGUGAGGACGAGCGUCCCAGCUUGGUGACGGUGGUCAAGGCAACGGCCAAACCCCGAAGAGCCCGACUCCUGCCCAAAGCGCGAAAGUUGAACAACAAGAAACGUGGUCGACCCAAGAAAGCCGCCCCGGCCGCUGAGAAGAAAAACAAGAAGAAUCAGAGCGCAUUGGAUCUGCUGCAUGCCAAGACCCUUUCUGCAGCACCCCCUCAGGAUGCAUACCGACCGACUCAGACUCCCUUCUACCAGCUACCUCCCAAGGUCCAGCACUAUCCCUCGAGUCAACUGCUUCUGAGCCCGACUCCUCCUGGUCUGCAACAACUGCUUGAUAACAUCAAAGUUCAAUACCUCCAGUUUAUGACCCACAUGAAGACUCCUCAGUACCGAUCCAACCUGCAGCAGCUUUUGGAACAGGAGAAGCAAAAACACAGGGACCUGUCAGGGCAGGCGGAGCAGCUCCACUCUGUUUGUCAGUCUCACAAGGACAAGAUCAAAGGUCUCUUUCAGACCAAACUAGAUGAGCUGGGAGUGAAAGCCUUGACUGUGGAGGACCUGCUGCAGGCCCAGAAGGAGAUAUCAGCCCACAAUCGGCAGCUGAAAGAGCAGACCAAGCAGCUUGAGAGAGACAUGGCCUUGCUGAGAGACCACAGCCUUUUACUGCUGAAGUCUCGAUGUGAGGAGCUAAAGCUAGAUUGGGGCUCUUUGUGUCUGGAGAGUUUGUUGAAGGAGAAGCAGGCGCUGCGCAGACAAAUCUCUGAGAAACAGAGACACUGUUUGGAGCUGCAGAUCAGCAUAGUGGAGCUGGAGAAAAGCCAAAGGCAGCAGGAGCUGCUCCAGCUCAAGUCCUACAGCCCCUGUGACGGCUCCCCGUACAGAAAGAACCUGGAGUCCCGCUCUUCCACCGACAUGGACUCCUCUAAGCUCGGCCUGUCCUCGGCCCCAGUCCUGAAUGGUGUCGGCACAGAGCUGUCUAUCAAUUGCAUCAGCUCACCCUGUUUUGACCGAGCCAACCACAAGGGGGAAAUUCUUUCUCGCUACCUGCCCAUCUCUCCAGACCACGAGAUCGUACCCACCAUCCCCGACGCACGGCAGAGGCAGCAGAGCUCCUCCUACGCUCUUCCUGAUUACACACGCUUCUCCCCCGCCAAGAUUGCCUUGCGGAGGCACCUGAACCAGGACCCAACUGCCUCUGCUCACAUGAGAGGUCCGGGGCUGACUACACACAGGGAAUUUGGAGGUGUGAGCUCACCGCUUGGAGCCAAACUGAACUGCCCCUCUCCUAAUGCAUCAGACCUCCAGAAUAAAGGUUUUGAGAGGGGUGGUAAGGACAGGAGCCCGUCUGUUCAGGGGGACAACAGCAUUACAAGCCUUCCAAUAAGUAUCCCCCUGAGCACAGUCCACCCGAGUAAACUGCCAGUCAGCAUCCCUCUGGCGAGCGUGGUGCUGCCCAGCCGGGUUGAGAGACUGAGGAGUACUCCGAGUCCUGUGUCUCAGUCGGGUCAGAUCAAUGGAUAUUCAUCCAGCUCGGGGCUGAUGAAUGGAGGUCCCCACCCUGAGGACCAUAAUGGUGCUUCUUCAUCACCUCCACCACACGCCAACACUCCUCUGACGGGACCAAUGGGCAGAGGAGGCCCCAUCCAGAGCCCACCGCUCAGCACUGGAGGGGUGCUCCAGUACGCAGAUGGACCCCCAAGGAUUCUUCCAGAAGACGGCCAGGAUCGCCAGGGAGGUGAAUCCGACACGGAGCCCCAGGACAGUGAACUGCGGAGGAGAAUGUUCUUCUCUUCUUCCUCCUCUUCGUCCUCGUCUUCCUCUUCGUCAGGCAGCGGAGGCAGUGUGGCCGGAGGAUCACGCCUCCACCAUCACACUGGCAACAACAGGCAGGGAUACCACAGUAACCAUGGAAACCACCACCACCACCACCACCACCACCAUCAGUCCCCCGGCACGCAGCACACGCACGCGCCCACACACGUGUCGUCAUCACACCCCUCUCACUCCUCUCACGGCCUCGGCUCUCAGGAGGGACGCACGGGGAGAAGGAAACGCAGCUCCACCGCGGCCGUCACAGCCAGCGGAUCCCCAAAGAGGAGGUCAUUCCCCGGGAUCGGCUCCAACAACCACUCCUCGGGAUCGCCACUCAACAUUAACUCAAUGGUGAACAACAUCAACCAGCCUCUGGAGAUCUCGGCCAUCUCCUCCCCAGAACAAUCAAGCCGCAGCCCCAUCGGGCCUGACCUGGACCAGCCUCCCAUCUUGAAGAGAGAGCGACCCCUGGAGCUCAACGGCACGGGCCGUUACUCCUCUGCCCCCAGCUCUGACGACGAGGACUCAGGAUACCCCGCCGACAGCUCUAGUUCACGAAUUGAAAGAAAAAUUGCCACUAUAUCCUUGGAGAGCAGAGAUGGACCUGGUAGACACGGGGAUGGUGAAAGAGUCAGGAAGUCUGGUAGCAGCAGUGGAAACAGCACAGGCAGCGAGGCCUCCUCUUCAUCCUCCUUGUCCUCUAACAGCAAGUGGAAAGCCACCUUUUCACCCAUUUCUGACCCCAAGCAGCCCAACUCUGACCUGAGACAGGGGGGCUCUCCCUUCGGCAUGGGGGGGUCGGGCCGGGGCACUGACUCAGAUUCUGACCACAAACAACAGCAUCAGCAGGCUAGGAGAGGAAGUGACGGAGAGUCGUCCAGCUACAUGAACCCCAACCCCUUCCUCAGUCAGGAUGCAGGGCCCCGGGGUGGGGGCAGCAGUGGAGGUGGAGGUGGAGGUGGUGGUGGUGGUGGUGGUGGUGGAGGCGGCGCCCAGGGUGGAAACAGUUCAGACCAACGCCAGGCCCUCCAGAAACAGAAGGCCGCCCGAGAGUGGGAGAUGAAGACGAACAGCAGCAUGGCCAGUCAGAACCUCUUCAUAUCCGCUGCUGCCAGCAGUGGUGGGGGCAUUCUGAGCGGGAGGGUGGGGGGCAGUCCUGUAGCAGUUUCCUCGACCACGGGAUCCUCUGUGGGGCAGUACCUGGGGUCGCAGUUCCCACUUGGAGGGGCCUCGGUCUUGCAGUCCUUGUUCGGGGCCCAGACAGGCGGCUCCACGGUGAGCGGGACCCCGAGGCUCGUCAACGGACACUCUGCCCUGGGAAGCUUCUCCAGUGCGGGGCUGGCAGGGGGAGCAGCUGGAGGUAACUGUUGAAAACUACCUCAAAAAUUAAACAAACUAUGCAAAUGUCCAGGUGUGGACUAAAGCACUCUCCUCACUCACUGGUGCUUCAAAAACGUCUGCACUACCCAACCGCCUCCAAGACCGGCUUCUGUACUGGGAUCUAUCGGAUACACACACUCGCACUCACACGCACACACACACGCACACACUAACCACCACUAUAGUCGCAUUGAGCAGAAUUCAUAGGUACUGGUCAUGUUUAGGUGUCGGGUGCUUAAAUGUUGGUUUAAAGAUUUUUACAAUAAGGAAGUCAGUACUUGCUGCUGCUCAGCACUGAAUGAACUGAUGUCUGCUUCAAAUGAAAGGUGCUACAUAGUGUGAUAGUGUUUCUUUUUGUCUUAGUCACUAUCAAAACAAUCUGUUUUAAUGAUUUAAUGUAACAUUUGAUAACAGAUUGAAACACACAGACCGUCAUUUUUGAUCUGAACCUCAUCACGUUCCAUCCAACGUUUCACUUCAUAUGAGUGCAUGUUUUUUUGCACACACAGACCAGUUCAUUGAACUCUGCUCAGCUGUCAUGCAGGUUGAACCUCUCUGCAUGCAAUGCUCUCUUAUCUCUGUUUUCUUUCUUGGGUGAAAUUCAAUAUUUGUUGCAACAUGUGAAUCUGAAACAAGAUGAGGAACUUCUGGUCUAACGUCACACUGGAUAGUAAGAUACAGUUACUCAUGUAGCAGAAGAUGUGCAAGGAGGGUUUGUUGACACACUUUAAGCUCUGCUUAUGUUGAUGAUUUACAAUAUUUUCAUGUUUAACUAAAAUUAAAAUGUGGGUUACUUAAUUUUAAGACUCUUUACUUAAAAGCAAAGUGGUAAAACAAUCUUAAAAUGCUGUUCUGGCUGUUCCCUUUAGGCACACCAAAACCUGUAUUUCCCUUCUUUGCUACUAACUUGAGCAAAACCAGCUCGUUCACAUUAUGGAAAUAAUUCUUCAGGUGUGGUUCAGUGGUUCUCUUCUAAUAUCAACUGUCAAACAUAUCAGUGAAAGAUUAUUAGUUUACUUCUAAAAGGUAGUAUUUGGUGUUUUUACUAGACAGAAAUCAGGCAUUACACAAUUUUAAUUCUGUUAAUGAAUUAACUUAACAAUAUGGAAGUCAGUGUAUUUUUGAAGGCUGAAUACAGCAUCGUUAUGAUGUCGGCCUUAUCUGGAAAAAUAUGGGGAAUUAGCAAGAUUUCAACGGGUGCCAAUGGUGCUGAGUCGAGUACAUUUUUAUUUAAAAACAAAACAAACAUGAAAUCCAUUAAAUGAAAUGGUGCUAUGAGGACAUAAUCAGCCACUUUCUGUAUUUAUUUACUUUUUUCUCUUCCUCAGUUGGGUCAGACACACUACGAUGUGGGAACGCAGCCGGUUUACUUUUAAAGCAGGAAGUUUUAAGCUCUUCUUAAUCCAAACUUAUUCGUAUUUAUCUCUGCUGUCAAAUGUUAAGGACAUAAAACGUGGGCAUGUGUAUGUAUAAUUACACUGCUUAUUAUAGAUGAUACAAACACACACACACACACACACACACACAUGCAUGCAGAUCCUCACACUGAGAGAACUCCGAACCAUAACCACAACAAACUACUGGACUCUCUUCACACCUAUUUGUUUGCUUUUUUUUUAAUUGUGUAAUUAUUUUUAUUUUAUUUUGUAAACAAUGUUCGUACUGUGAAUGUGAUUCAUUCUCCGACUGUAUAGUUGUGUAUAAUUUAGAUUAUUAUAUUUAUGCUGUCCGUCUCUCUAUUUGCCUUGGUAUUUGUUUUUCUCUUUCAAUUUAUUUUUCUUUUGUUUUAUCCUGAAAUGUGUUGACAUUGUAGAAUGCAAUAGUGUGUGUACUUGACUCACAGUCUGAAAAACAAUGGUGCUAAAUUAGGACUGUAACUGAUCUUAUUUAUUCGAUAGUGAAAAUAUCAAUAACAAAUCAAAUACUUGGUGCUGUACACAGGGACAUUUAUGAAGCCAUUUUUUCUGGCAUUUUCUUUCACAUAUUUAAUAUGCUGUUAUCUGGUUCUUUUAAAUGCCUAGUGUCGCCACCUUUCGAUAAAUCUACUCUUCAACAGCUCGGUCUGAGUUAACAGGAAUGAGGACCUCGUGUUUCUCACGCCACAGUUUUAAACAUAAGUCAUCCCGCUUUGCUCUCAAAGCGAGCUGCUUUUCUUUUAGUGAACAAGACACACUGUUUUUGUACAUACGUUUUUUGUUUCCCCUUGUAAGUCUAUCCACCAUAAACAGAAAGGUAUAUAAAAUAUGUAUCUAUAUACAGUCUAUAUAUAUAAAUAAGUAUAUAUAUAUAUAUAUAUAUAUAUAAAAGAAUAUAGGUGUUUUUGGCGCUGGCAUUGUGACUUUAAACUCAGCCUGUUAAACAGGAGGCUUGAAGCCAAUGAGAGUGAAGCAUUGUCAUCACAUGACCUUAACAGAUGGUGCCGAACAGUACGUGACUAAAAAAUAAAAAUCUGCAUUUAACUCAUACAAACAACGGUGCUGUGGCUCGAACACAAUUAGACUCCAUCACUGGAACUGUCAUCACUUUUCAUCAGAUGCUUCCACACAUUUGUUUCUUAUUUCUCUUUUAUCAAACAGAUUCUACAGGAAAAAAUGGUGCUUCUGUUUCCAAACUGUGGAAGUUCAGAUCUAACAAACUAGAUCUUCACUGGUGCAUAAAACAACUAAGCGUCAACCUCUUAUACACACACACACACACACACACACACACACUCACACACACACUGUCUUUAGACGUCUUGCUGACAAGGCCCUACCUUGUAAUGUGAGCAUACUGUGUCUUUGCAAAGACACACUGAUGUAAAACUCUGGUGUUAAUGUGUGCAUCACUUUUGGAGUGAGAGCAGCCAAGCUUCCUUUUUUUCCCUCUGAUAGCGGGAAAACACUUAAGCUUUGUUUGUGUGUGCGUGUGUGCUUUUUUCCCCCACUUGCCGGUGCAUAUCUAAGGGAAGAUUAGACUAACAAUCAAAGCUUUAUUGUAAACUCCUGUCCUGUGCACUCACAAAUGUGUUUCUCACCUGCGAGAAAGUCAUUUUAUUUUAGAACAUACCUAGCGACUGUAGUCCGUUUGUUACCAGCACUGAGAGGUCUUUUGUAAUUACUGUCGAUGCUGUUUUUGGUUUUCUUAUUCUUGGUGUUUGAUACAAUUGCAGUUUCAUGUUAUGCUUUUGAUGGUGUCUCCAGAUUACUGUCAUUUUUCUUUUAAUACUACUAGUCAGACAGACAGCACGGUGCUCUCCUUCACUUAAAACAAGGAAAAUUGCAGCUAUUGAUAAAUACUACUCUCCUCCUGUUGUGCUGCGUGGUUUUAUGGAUUGAUAUUCUGCAAAACGAGCUUGCCCGGCGGCUUUUUUCUGACUGUCCAGUUUAACCUACGGAAAUUUUCUCUUAAUCUGGAAGGGCGUCGUGGUGUAUGUGCAAGUGAGAAUAGUCGUUGGGAACGUCACAAAACUUCAUCGUCAUUACAGAUUUCCACCAGUUUUAUAGCUAAUUGUGUAAUCAGUCAAAGGGAUGAGGUGCUGUUAUUCAAGCCCUUUGAUAUAAAAGCAUGAUUUAAAUUAAAGCUUCUAUGCAGAUCUCCUUCCUGGUACAUUAUUGAUAAUCUGUGAGAGCUUUGCGGUCGAGGUCGUUUACUCUGAAUCCUGCCAAAGGUCUAAACUCAGGAACUUCCCAGAUGGCUUGAAAUGAUGUAAACAAUUUUCUUAAAAAAUAUAAAACUACUGCAUGUCACAGACUUAUUCGCCAUCUUGUGGCAUGAUUAAGUCCCUUUCUAAUCCAACUCAGGACCAGGUCGACCUCUCAUUAUGUGUAUUACGAGGUGAAAUUCAAAAAUCAGGUCCCCUCAGAUUCAUUCUCAACUGUCGCAUACAUCCAGCGUCUCCAGUGAAAUCCAGCUUUAUGAAGCUUUACGAGUCUGUCUGACCUCCGGAAGCUGUGAAAUGGCUACGACUUUCAAGCAUCUUCCUUCAUCUCACGAAUGCCUCUUGUCUAGAUUUGCGUCUCCGAGGAGGUGGUUCACUGUGCUUUUGUUGGGAUUCCGCCCCAUUAUUUAGUGGGAUGAAAACAAAACAGGACACACGUGACCUACAGUUCGCGUUCAGUGAUCUCUGAUCGGUGAAGCCAGGGCAGGUUUGAGGUGCAAUAACGGCAAACGUACUUUCCAAAAGGCCCUGGGGUUUUUCAUGACUUGUUACUGUUCGAUGUUGGUGCUUUUAUCCUAAGAUGUUAUAAUGAAACAAAUGGAAUUCCUGUUUUUUCCCCUCCUGCAUUUUAUGAUUAUUAAUAAAUAAUGUUUCAUAUAAUAUUUGAUUUAAUUUCUGCA